AUGUCGACAGACACCGAUAAAGCUGUAAACAAAAAGGAGAGUAAUAAGGCGAGCAAGAUACUCAAAGGAGUAACUAUAAACAUGUUGAAACAAUUAUUCUUUUGUUUCCGAUUGUAUCUGGAUAUUUUGAUAGAUUUUAUCUUCUCACUGUACUGGGAUGGACAGCGGAGAACCAUACCAUCUUUGGAAAAGAAGCAUAGUCUUUUGAAGGAGAGUGCAACAACUCUUGCUGCUAAAAUAAGAACUAAAGAGUUGAAGGCUAGAGAUGUAGUCAGCGCUUGCAUUGAAAGAAUAAAAGUAGUGAACCCUUAUCUAAAUGCUAUGACAGAUGAGAGAUUUGAUGACGCUUUAAAAGAUGCAGAAGAAGUGGACAGAAUGAUUGAGAAUGGUCUAUCUGAGGAAGAGUUCAAAAAGAAACCUUUUCUAGGUGUCCCAUUUACCGCCAAGGAAAGUCACGCGGUGAAGGGAAUGUUGCAUACGUUAGGUAUAAUCUCACGACGCGGUGCGCGGGCGCAAGACGACGCGGAAUGCGUACGACUACUGAGGGAAGCUGGCGCAAUACCAGUCGCCGUGACUAAUGUACCUGAAAUCAAUAAAUGGCAAGAGACCCGCAACAUGCUUUUCGCCAGCCCUAUUUCCAUUUGUUCCGACAUCGGCGGCUCCACCAGAAUGCCAGCAUUCAGUUGCGGAUUGUAUGGUCUCAAUCCAACAGCGGGACACACUAGUCUUAAAGGUUCUGUACUUCGCACCGGCAAGGACCCCAGUAUGGCCUGCAUUGGCUUCAUAAGUAAACAUCUAGACGACCUGGCGCCUCUAACCAAGAUUGUGGCUGGAGAAAAGGCGCAUCUGUUGGCCUUAGAUAGAAACAUAAACAUUAAGGAUAUAAAGUAUUUUUACGUUGAGAGCGCAAAAGACCUGCGCGUGAGUCCCAUUUGCUCCGACCUCAGGAAAGCUAUGAAGAGGGUGAUAUCCCGCCUGAGCGACGAGACUGUCGGCGAGAACUCGCCUCGCCCCUACUACCACAACGGCCUCGACUACAUGUACUCGCUCUGGCGACACGCGAUGACAAAGGAGAGCGACUGUUUCGCCAAAUUGCUUCUAGACAACGCCGGCGAAGCGAACGGCCUAACUGAACUCGGGAAGAAGCUCUUAGGAACCUCGUCCUUCACUUUGGCCGCUGUAAUCAAAUUGCUCGACGACCAAGUCCUGCCGCCUGUCGACAAAGAGUGGGCUGACAAACUGACCUUGCCGCUGAAGGACGAUUUAACGACCGCGUUAGGUACAAAUGGAGUUCUUCUGUUUCCAUCCGCACCGCUCCCGGCGCCCUACCACUACAGCCCUUAUCUGCGUCCUUUCAAUUUCGCCUACUGGGGCAUUCUCAACGUCUUGCACCUGCCAACGAUGCAGAUUCCAUUAGGCUUAAACGCAGAGGGGAUUCCCCUCGGUAUUCAAAUCGUGGCUGGACCUCGUCAAGAUGCGUUGUGCGUGGCCGUGGCUAAACAUCUGCACACCAUGUUCGGUGGUUUUGUAGCACCCUGUACAGUGCAGGAAUAG